CACCCUCCUGCUCAGCCUACAGUCUGAUCUAGGCAUGCAAGUGGCAGCAUGUGGGAGAAUGCACUCCAGUGUGUGAAGAGUGAAACAGUACUCCGGAGCCUGGGAGAUGUCUCUCUGAUGCAGGGAUUUCCUUCUAUCUGGGUUCUUCUGGCUGUGCUUUAGUAACCACAGGGAAUUAAAUGGGACACUCACAGGAAUACCAUACUCCUUAAGUGAAGGGCAAAGUGUUCCCAACAUUUUAACGUGUGGAUCAUGUUAUUGAUGGAAGGGCAGAACCCAUUAAUGAGGGGGAGAAGGUGAUCCUGCUCCUGUCGAACAGUUAAAUAAUGGGAAAUGUGGAGAGUCAGAAUGGGGAAAGUGGUGUGUAUGGCAACGGAGCGGUGCAUCUUUCACGCAAACACACAUCCCGCUCACUCCGCCUUACCAACAAGAAGACCGUCACUCGCCGAGUGAGGCACUCUUCCACUGUCAAACAGGAACACAGAAACUCUGAGACCUCCACUCGCUCCUCCAGCACACCAAGCAUCCCACAGUCCCUAGCAGAGAGUGGAUUGGAACUGUUCAAUGGCACAGAUGAACUGGGAGAGUUGGGGAUCAACCCUCAUUGGACGCAACGUGUCUCUAUGACUAUUAGGACAGACUCCUAUCAGCAUGAGGAUGAACCCUUAGCCACGCCAACCCCUGAGACCUCAGAGGCAGACACGAUUGCUCAGGAUGGAGAAGAGGAUUCGAUAGGUGAAGGAGAUGCACUUGGGGAUGAAAGAUGCCUCCAGAGGAUGACAGAAGGCUCCAGAGAAGGAGGCGCUUUUAAAAAGAAACGUUCAAAGUCAGCAGACAUGUGGAGGGAUUACAGCCUGGAGUGCUCUAUGUCUGACUUGAGCCAGGAAAACCUCACCAGCACUGAGGAUAUAAUCGACGGAGGAGAGGAAGAGGAGGAGGAGCACUUCCCAUGUCCCAGAGGCUCCACUGAAAGAGCUUCCUCCCUGGACCAUUUGUGCAGCCAACAGCGUGCAGGCCUCCGAGGUCAGAGGAAUCGCUACGCUAAAAACCACAGAGAAGCCAACUGUAACGAAGAUGCAGAAGGAGACGAUGCUUUAAUGUCUCCAAAUGAGGAGGACAGCAGUGGCUAUGUAGCAUUCACCCUCCCCUGUCGACGAUCUCACUGUCUUUCUGAGGGGCUGUCGGCUCUGGGCAUCCCUUCUGCACCCUGCCCUGCCUUCCAGGGACGGCGUGCACACACUACUCAGGACAUCUCGGGCGUCUUGGGGGAAGGAAGCGAGUAUGGCGACAGUGGCAUUGAUGGCGUUGCUACAGAGACGGACGCAGACGGCGAGCUUAUCUCGCGGCGGUGUAAAGCCAUGUCGGCCUCCUUCUCACUCUACUCAGCCACAGAGAGCAGCGUCUGUAAUGGGAGUGACAGCGGGAGCAGCAGCGCGGGUGGAGGAGAAGGAAGAGGCUCUGAGGGAUGCAGAGGAGGAGGAGUGUAUGAGAAUUUCCGGAAGGAGUUAGACAGCCAAGUCUGGACUAAUCAGGGCACAGAUUGCCCUGAGGAGGCCUGCUCUGCUGUAAGUGAUGAGCAGAGCAGCGGCACGCUCAGCAGCGCCUUUCCACCUGACGCUGGGAUUGGCUGCACACAAGGCACAGUCAGGAAAGCUGGAACCUUAACUGUGAAGAACUUCCUGGUUCAUAAGAAAAACAAGAAGGUGGAACUUGCGACAAAGCGCAAAUGGAAACAGUACUGGGUGUCUUUAAAAGGCUGCACCCUCUUCCUGUAUGAAUCUGAUGGUCGCUCUGUAAUUGACCAUAACAGCGUUUCAAAACAUGCCUUGUGGGUGGAGAACAGCAUCGUACAGGCCGUGCCUGAACACCCCAAGAAAGACUAUGUCUUCUGCCUCAGCAACUCGAUGGGAGACGCAUUUCUAUUCCAGACGUCGGGCCAAACCGAGCUGGAGAACUGGAUCACGGCAAUCCAUUCUGCGUGUGCUGCGGCUCUCGCUCGGCAGCACCACAGGGAGGACACCGUUAGGUUGCUCUGGACUGAGAUCCGCAAACUGGAGCAGAAGAUUGACAUGGACGAGAAAAUGAAGAAGAUGGGAGAUAUGCAGCUAUCCAAUGUCACUGAUCCAAAGAAGAGGAAGACCAUUCUGGAGCAGAUUUUCUUGUGGGAGCAGAACCUGGAGCGGUUCCACAUAGAUCUUUUCCGCUGUCGCUGCUACCUGGCCAGUCUGCAAGGCGGCGAACCUCCAAAUCCCAAACGCCUCCUGGGCUUUGCUUCACGCCCCACCAAAAUGGCCAUGGGUCGCCUCGGCAUCUUCUCUGUGUCUUCCUUCCAUGCACUGGUGUCUGCCCGAACUGAGGGCAGCAUCAGGAAGCGAAACCAGCCUGUGCAGCGCACCUUCAGUAAACGACGUAGCCGUUUCUCCUCCCUUUGGGGUCUAGAUACUGCCUCCAGACGGAAGACCAAGGGGCAUCCUUCAGUUCAGCAGGUGUUUAAUAAUGGGAUGGAUCAUGUAAGGAAACCCUUGGAGCGCAUGUUUGAAGACCCUGCCAACCAGAAAUCUAAUAAAACAGGAGACUCCAUGACAUCUGUUCGUCAGCAAAGCGUUGACAGUGAUAUUUGGAUUUCUGACUACCUAAAGCCAUCCUGGGUGUGUCUGCCAAACAAUAAGCCAGUCCUGGCGAUCGUGCAGCCUGGAGAGAUGACACUGGAUGUCCUGAGCAGCGUCUGUAAGACCCAUCAGAUUGAGCCUUCUGGUCAUUAUCUACGUGUGAAGAUCUGGGUCGACAACCAGAUGCUUUAUUAUGUUCCCAGAUCUGAAGAGGAGAUCUCUGAUUUGAUCUACAAAGAGAUUGAGAUUUGCCCCAGAGUUACCAAGGUGAUCCGUUUUGACAAAGCAGAGUCCAGCACCAUCGGCUACGGUUUCACGGUGGCUGUUACUGAUGAGGAUGCUGUACAGCGGCUUUAUAUCUCCGAAGUCAAACCAGGGGGACUGGCUUCAGCCAAAGGUUUGAAAGCAGGAGAUGAGAUUCAAUACCUCAAUGGUAAACCUGCCUCUGCCCUUCAGCUGGAUGAUUUGAGGGCAGCGUUUGGAGACCACAUGCUUACUCUGUGUGUCAGCACCCUGCCCCAGUUGGACCCUAAAGUGCUGUGCUCCUGUCCGCCUCAUCGCUCCGAAGGAGAACAAGACCCAACCACAGAUAUUUUUUCUCAGAGUCAAGAGAACAUCCUGGACGAGGUGUCAGGUUUGACAGUGGAUAGCCUUGAUGAGAGUUUGGAUGAAGGACCUCUAUUAACCCCGCAGAGCCCCAGAGAUCAUCAUGAAGACAAAACAUUAAUGGCCGCUGGACAGAAGAGCACAGAGCAGGUCGCUAAUUUCUGUCGCAAUCUUCAUGACAUGAAUACCCAGGAGUGCCCAAUGUCAUCCUCCUCCUCCUCGUCUUCAUCGUCCCUGUCACCGAGCCCAGUGUCGGCUUUGGCCCCAGCUGCUGGCACUGCAGCCCAGCGGCAGCUCUCUCACGCUGACAAACUGCGCAAAGUGAUCGCUGAAGUGGUGGAGACGGAGAAGACGUAUGUCAAAGACCUGCUCUAUCUUAUAGAGCGCUACUUGAAACCUUUACAGAAAGAGAGCUUCCUAUCACAGGAUGAGCUUGAUAUUUUAUUUGGCAACCUCGAAGAGAUGGCGGAAUUCCAGAUGGAGUUCCUGCGAACACUAGAGGAUGGAAUCAGGCUGGUUCCACAUCUGGACAAACUGGAGAGGGUGGACCAGUUCAAGAAGGUGCUGUUCUCUUUGGGUGGGUCAUUCCUGUACUACGCUGAUCGAUUCAAGAUCUACAGUGCGUUUUGUGCCAGCCACACUAAAGUUCCCAAGGUCCUGGCAAAAGCCAAAACUGACCCAGAGUUCAAAGCUUUCCUGGCUGAGAGAAACCCCAGACAGCAGCAUUCAUCCACUCUGGAGUCUUACCUAAUCAAACCCAUCCAGAGAGUGCUGAAAUACCCGCUUCUGCUCCGAGAGCUCCACUCUCUCACCGACAAAGAGAGUGAAGAACACUACCACCUGGACGUUGCAAUGAAAGCCAUGAACACAGUGGCGAGUCACAUCAAUGAGAUGCAAAAGCUUCACGAGGAGUAUGGAGCAGUUUUUGAUCAGCUCAUUAAUGAGCAGACAGCAGAUAACAAAGAGGUGCUUGAUCUCUCAAUGGGUGAUCUGCUGCUGCAUUCAACAGUGGUUUGGAUGAAUGCUCCAACACAUAUCAGCAAGAGCAAAAAGGACCCAGAAUUAGCUGCUUUUGUGUUUAAAACAGCAGUUGUGUUUGUCUACAAAAACUGCUCCAAACACAGGAAAAAAAUUGGAGGAUCCCAUCGUACGUCUGUGGCAGAGGACAGGGAUCAUUCCCGCUUCAGACACAUGAUUGCAACAAACUCACUGCAAGUUAGAGCUCCUGCAAGUUCUGAAGCCACAGAAGUUUGUGAAAUAGUUCACACAAGGUCUGAAUCUGAAGGGAGACCUGAAACAACCUUUCAGUUGUGCUGCAGUUCUCCAGAGAGUAAAAAGGAAUUCUUAAAAGUGGUCCAGUCUAUUCUUAGGGAGAAGCAAAGAAGACAGCUACUGAAGACAAAGUCUCUGCCACAGAACCAGAAGUACGUUCCAUUUGGUGGCAAACGCCUGAGCGCCCUCAAAGGAGCGCGGCCUCUCAUGAACAGAGCAGCCUCUGCUCCAUCACGAACUCUAACCCGCAGAAGCCUGACGAAGAACCUCAUCACUAUCGAUGCUGACCUGGUUUUACAUGGCAAUAAUAACAGUUCGCCGUCCAAUCAGCAUGAACCUCGUCCAUCUCAAAAACCUCAGGCAGAGGACACGGAUCGAUGGGUGGAAGAGCAGUUCAAUUUGGGGCGCUAUGAGGACCGUUUUGAAGGCAUUGAUAGCAGACAGAUGAAGGAGACUGACAUCUUGAGCGAUGACGAUGAGUACUGUAAAUCUCUUCGAUCCCCGUCGUCAGAAGCAGACUCCCUAGAGGCAGGAGUGGAAGGACUCAACUUGAAAAGCAAUAUGGAGUCUGACAGUGAGAACAAACUGAGUUUAAAAGCGCAACAAACUAAGAAAAAGGAAGAUUCAGACUCUUUCGCAUCCUGCGGUCUCUCUGUCUCCCGGUAUUCAAAGAUCGGACCUUUGAAGCAGCAGUGUGCUGCAGAGAAGGACUCAAGCAAGGACCAAGAUGAUAUCUGGGUGAGGCGGGAUGUCUUUAAUAAAGGGUGUGACAGCGAUAUAUUUUGAUAGCAUUUUGCAAGAGAAAGAAGGAGGGGGAAAAACUAAGGUCUUCCACUAGAUACAGUAACUUGCAGAAGAGUUUGUUUCCUUUAAGGUUUUUCACAUUUGCACCCUACAACCAACUCCUGGUAUUUUUGGGGGAUUUUUUUUAGAUGGAUAUGAAAAGGUGUAUAAUUGUGAAGUGGAAGGAAAAUUCUACAGUGUUUAUGACAUUUUAAAAAAUGUAAAUAAUGAAAAAUGAAGAGGACAUUUCUGUUCAGCCACCAGAGUCAGCACUUUGUAAAUUCUAUCCUACAUAACUCUAGGGUUAAGGUUCUGUAUUCAAUUAGUCACUGCUGAUGAGCGUCCCUGUCCCUUCUCUUUUAGUGGGGUUUCAUUCAGCAUGAAUCCAAUAGUUUAGUUUUAUUUUCUACUAACCAGGCAAUUUUCAUUUUCUAUUCUCGUUUUAUGCUACUUCGCUUCUUCGAAACCUUAAAAGGGACAUUUAUUCAUCUGUUCCUCAGCAGCUUUCCCCUAACCAUAGUUCAUUAAAGACUUUAUUUUGCUGUUAAUGGGACCUCCUACCUGAGAUAUGGAUCUCAACAUUUCUUUCAGAAUUCUCAUGGACCUCUUCGUUAUUUCUAAUUAAUUUUCUCCUUUUGAGCAUGUCAGAUUAAAUGGACAGUCUAGGUGUGGUUUGUUUGCAGCUGAUCCAUGCUCUUAAAGUUGGUGAAUAUUAGAUCAAAUGCAUACACACAGACCAAUUCCACAUUUAAACUUCUCCAUUAUUGCAACCUGGCUGCUGUUAUUUUUU